AUGCCAUACGCUCGCCAUCACGGACGUAGUGAAUACCUUUACACCUUUGUAUUUUGGUUUGAAAAAAGUUCCUUUGGGCUACCCGGUCCCACCGUGCCAGGCUUCCUCCUGAGCAAACACACCUCCGAUCCCAGCCCCAGGAUAGCUGCCGCCCACAACAGCUGCAACUGGGGCUGGGAUCGGAGAUCACAAGGAGAGAAACCCUUUGAGUGUCCUGAUUGUGGUAAACAUUUCAGUCAGAAUUCCAGCCUGGUGAAACACCAGAGAACUCACACAGGAGAGAAACCCUUUGAAUGUUCUGAUUGCGGAAAAAGUUUCAGUCAGAAUUCCACCCUGGCGACACACCAGAGAAUUCACACAGGAGAGAAACCCUUUGAGUGUCUUGAUUGCGGGAAAAGUUUCAGUCGGAAUUCCAACCUGGUGAUACACCAGAGAACUCACACAGGAGAAAAACCCUUUGAAUGUCCUCAUUGCGGAAAAAGUUUCAGUCAGAAUUCCAGCCUGGUGAAACACCAGAGAACUCACACAGGAGAGAAACCAUAUGAGUGUCCAGAAUGUGGGAAAGAUUUCACUAUUAGGACUGGCCUUCUAAAUCAUAUGCUUAUACACAUAGGGGAGAAACCAUUUGAGUGCCCCGAAUGUGGAUGGUGCUUCAGGAGAAAAUCCACCCUUAUUGCACACAAGAAAAUCCACAUGAGGCCCCAAGUGAUGAGUGUAGAAAAGGUUUGAAUUUCAUUUCUAAAGUCCCUCUCUAAAUCCAACUGAGAAACUGACUAUUUAAUUUGACUACAAAGAAUUUGCCUAAUUUUUUGUAGGCAAAUAUGUAAUGGUAUUAAACGGGAAGGAGGAAGGAAAAAAUGGCAACAUGUUAAGUGUGAUAAUGCCUAUCUGGUCAUUAGCAGCAGAACUUGCUUGAUAUGGGUAGUUCUCAGGUUACAAAUGUAGUGGAUCUGCCCUUUCCAUCCGAAACUUUAGAAGUUGUGGUAGUGAAUCUCUUACAUUGAACGACAUCACUCCCUGCUUUCGCCCACAUGUUCAUUGUUUUCCUGCUUCAGAUCAGUUGGACAAGGCAUCUGGCGCCAAGAAAGCAGCCCUGAGAGGCAAAUCACUUGAGGAUUGCGUUCCUGUAGGCUUUGGCAGCCCUUUGCAAAAAGCCUUUGUCUGUAGGAACAGGACUUUGGAGGGACACACCCACUCCUCCCAAGCUCAGUUGGUGCCAACAAAGGCAGUUUGCAAAGGGCUGCUGACGCCCUAUAGGAAUGCAAUCUUCCAGGGAGGAGCCAAUGUCGCGACGAGAUGGUUGUGU